UCAAAAUAUUUCAUAAGAUUUUUUAUAUAUAAUAAAUCAUUAUAAUGGUAAAAACUUACUAUGACAUCCCAAUAUAAGAAAUUUAUGAAACUAAUAGCAAAAUGGCCUGUUGACGCUAGUAAAGGUGAAAGAGAUUUAGGAAAAUUCAUCCGAGACAAAGUUAAAGUCGCGUUUGAAGCAUCUAAUAAAGAUAACUUGGAUUCAGAACUUUGUACUCGCCAAUACAACUCCCUGAAUAAGUUAGCUGACAAUUUCUACCACAACAAAUAUAAGAGAACGAAGUUUAGUACUGCCACGGGUCUCAGUAUAGAGGAGUGUAACGUCAUACUGUCUAAUGAAGUAUUAGAGUAUCUAAAAGAAGAAAACAAGGUAUUAUUAAGGAAAGUACACACAAAGUCUAUGGAAUACAAAGAUCAUACUCCUGUUAUGUUAAAUGAAGUAAUUAAAUACUUAAACCCAUCAGAUGAUGAGCUAUUUAUUGACAUGACUUUUGGAGCCGGUGGACAUACUAAGAAAAUCCUUGAUACAGCAAAUUGUAAGGUAAUCACAUUAGAUAGAGAUCCUGUUGCUUAUGAAAAAUCCCUUAGCUUAGCAGAAAAUUAUUCAAAAGGCAGAGUGACACCUUUGUUAGGAAAAUUUAGUGAACUACCGAAUCUCUUGAAACAAAAUGGAGUCAAACAAUCUUCUGUUGAUGGCAUACUUUUUGAUUUUGGGUGUUCAUCAAUGCAACUAGACACAGGAGAAAGAGGAUUUUCAAUUAGUAAAAAUGGUUUACUCGACAUGAGAAUGGAUGCCGGCAGGGAUCCGAAUCAAAUAACCGCAAGAGAAGUUUUAGCAACAGCUAAUGAACAGGAAUUAUACAAAAUAUUUAAAAUAUAUGGAGAGGAGAAAAAAGCAGCAAAAAUUGCCCAAACAAUAAUUCAAGCAAGAUACAUGAUUAAAAAUAUUGAUACAACCCAAGAGCUGGUAGAUAUCGUAGACUCCUGCUGUCCAGAUGAAAUAAGAUUAGACAAGUUGCAGAGGCCCCAGUCCAAUGCUACCAAAGUAUUUCAAUCUUUAAGAAUAUUCGUUAACAAUGAGCUGAAUGAAUUGAACUACGGAAUGAUCUUAGCAAAAUAUUAUUUAAAAUUGAAUGGUCGACUCGUGACCAUCUGCUUCCACUCCCUGGAGGACACAAUUGUUAAAAGACACAUAGCUGGGAAUAUCAUCAAUGAUACAGCCAAUCCUGUGCCUCUCAGAUAUCUAAGUCCAAUGCUCGUGCAAGAUAAAGAAACAAUAAAUGAGUUCUUAGACACCCCUUGGAAAGCGAUAAAUAAACAUGUAGAUGUUCCAACGGACGAUGAAGUAGAAAAUAACCCAAGAAGUAGGAGUGCUAGAUUGAGAGCUGCAAUAAAAGUUAAAUAGUCGAGAAUUUUAAAACUUUGCCUCAAACAGUUUACGUUCUAGUUUUACAACUGUUCUGUUACUUCAAAAUUUAAUAGAAUGUAAUAUUAAAACAUAAUGGUUAAGUUACACAAGAUAGCUUGUGUAACAUGUUCUGUUUAUUUUUGUUGAUGUGUUAAACAGUUUGAAUGUAGUGUUUAAAUAUACUUGUAGCUUUUAUGAC